AUGGACAGUUCGAUGUCGUGUUUGAUAGCAGGUCACCACGGAGGGCUUGGCCUGUCGGACUCAAGCGUGGAAAGAUACGUCCGGCAUCCACGGCCGCUGCAGGCUUACGUCAAGGGCACCGUCAACGACCCCACCACCUUCCCUGAGCCCAACGCUGCACACGGAUCCAACCACUGGGCAUUCGAACGUGGUCUCUCUGUCGCGCUCGUACCACUUGUCGCUGCCGGAUUCGCCAAGCACGGCUCGUCUGCCAUCCUUGACGGCGCUCUGGCACUCUCGCUCGUCGUCCACUCUCACAUCGGAUUCGACUGCAUCUUGGCCGACUACGUGCACAAGCGCAAAUUCCCCAUCGCAGGUCCCCUCGCAACGUGGGGGCUUCGCGCUGCUACGUUGGCAACUCUUUACGGACUCUACGAGUUCAACACCAUUACGUUGACCGACGAUGACGAGAAGACUAGCGAGCGAGAGUCGAGUUUACUUUCGAACUGUGAGAUCGGCACAGCGCGACAGUGA